AAAAAAAAAAAAAAAUAGAGAUAAUAUCGUAGUACCAAAUACAUGGGGAAAUAAUUAGCAAAAACAAAUUAAUUUUGAUUUGGGGGAAUAAAAAGCAAGAAAGAAGUAAAAUAAAAUAGGGUUGGGCCAUUUUUCUUAAGCUUCCAAGGCCCAUUCAUUUCUGUCUGUCCCAAGUCCAGACUCUUGCGGUCUUGCCCCUUUCACCUACAAGAGUGCAGACUCCCCCGUCAAUCUGAAAUUCGCCGGCGGGGAACUCUAGAUCCGGCGGGCGGAUUCCUGUGAUGAUCUACUUUGGGUAGCCACUUUUAAUCGAUACAGAUCAAAUCCAGCUUCAAUCUGAAAAUCCCACGCGGCCACGCAUCUCCCCCAAAAAGUAAAUUUCAUUCUUAAAUCUUAACCCCUUCCGGUUACUGCACAUCGUGAAUCGUCCGAUGUCUUGGUCUAGUUUUCCAACGAAGAUCUCCGUAAAUCCUUCCAUACAGGAUUCUUCUUCGUUUUCUUUCCUGACCCAGUUCAACCCAUUUCCCGGGACAGAGUGUAUGAGUUAUGCGGGUGCAAAAAGAAAUGAUUAUAAUCGUAUUUCAAGAGUUCCCUUUAUUCAGAGUGGUCUCCGUGAGCUCAGGGAACGAAUGGAAACAGUCAAAAACACCCAAAAAGUCACGGAAGCGAUGAAGUUAGUGGCAGCUGCCAAGGUGAGAAGAGCCCAAGAAGCAGUCAUUAGUAGUCGGCCGUUUGCAGAGUCGCUUGUUGAAGUUUUAUAUAACAUCAGCGAGCAGGUUCAAUUGGAUGAUAUAGAUGUUCCUCUAACCAAUAUUAGGCCUGUUAAGAAAGUUGCCCUUGUUGUUAUCACUGGUGAUAGAGGUCUUUGUGGGGGAUUCAACAAUGCAAUACUCAAAAGCGCCGAGGCCCGGAUUGCUGAAUUGAAAAAUCUUGGUUUGGAUUAUUGUUUGAUUAGUGUUGGGAAAAAGGGUAACGCUUAUUUUCGGAGAAGGGAAAAUUUGUUUGUGGAUAGAUUUGUUGAAGGUGGCAAUUUCCCUAAUGCGAAGGAAGCUCAAGUGAUUGCUGAUGAUGUGUUUUCCUUGUUUCUUAGUGAAGAGGUUGAUAAAGUUGAGCUUUUGUAUACUAAGUUUGUAUCCCUGAUUAAGUCUGAUCCAGUGGUUCAUACUUUGCUUCCUCUGUCUGCAAAAGGAGAGGUUUGUGAUGUGAAUGGGAAUUCUGUUGAUGUUAGCGAGGAUGAAUUCUUUAGAUUAACUACAAAAGAAGGGAAAUUGACAGUGGAAAGGGAUCAUUUGAAGACGAAAAAGGGGGUGUUUUUGUCCAACUUGGAGUUUGAACAAGACCCUGCUCAAAUUCUUGAUGCCCUGAUGCCUCUUUAUUUGAAUAGCCAGAUUUUAAGGGCAUUAAUGGAGUCAUUUGCUAGUGAGCUGGCUGCAAGGAUGAAUGCAAUGAGCAGUGCAACAGACAAUGCGGUUGAGUUGAAGAAGAAUCUUUCCAUAGCUUAUAAUCGGGAAAGGCAAGCUAAGAUCACUGGAGAGAUAUUGGAGAUUGUUGCAGGAGCAGAAGCACUCUUGUAGUUGUAGUUUCCUUGAUUUUGUGCAAUGCAAUAUUUUCAUCAAUGAGUUUAAUCCCUUUUGUAUUAGAGAUCCACCCAAAAGUGAGACUUUUUAGCAUUGAAUUUAGUCGGAACAGAAUCCUUUUCUACAGGCAUUCUUCAAAAUGAAGUGAAUGAUCCAUUGAAAUAGGCUUUGGUCCAUCUCUGUUAUGAGAUUUGGAUCUCUAGAAUGUAGUUGUUUUAGGUUUAGUGGGGGUUCUACUGAUCGAUGUUUUCCACACAUUUUCAUGGUGAAAAUUGAAAAGCACCCUCUUGAACCCACUUUCUUCAAAAAAAGACAGCUUUGAUUGAAACCUUUGCUCCAGAUUUUUUGUCUCAUAUGGACCUUUUUCAUUUUGGCACGAUUCAAUUGUACUGCAUGAAUUCAGUCGAGCAGAAUUCACAUGUUUUUUUCUGCAUCAAUGUACUCAAUAGUUGAUCAUCAAUGGAGUAUUAAAAAUUUGGGCAUUAGAAAUUUUUAGAUCCUCAAGAAUCUUGAGUUGAUUAUGGAAUCUCUGAGCUGAAAGUUGUUCGGAAGUUGAAAGAGAAUACCAAUAAAGAUAUUUACCCGAUCACC